AUGUCUCUGAUUAGUGAUACGGAUUAUCUCAUCCACAGCCUCCGCGUACAAUACCUAAAGCACAUCGACGACCCAUACGGAGCGCGUAUCAUCUCCCUCGACCAGAACUACCACUCGAACCCCUACAUCGAUGCGUCCGGCCUCGCAGAUAUCGAGCGGUGGCCCGAGCUGGGCAUGCCCUCCAGCCCCACUCCCAGCGACGACGAAUCCGCGCCCGCCGUACGACGGAGGCACUCCGGCUUUCCUGGUGCAAACCUGAAGUACACCACGACGAUCCUUGGACCCACCAGGACGGGGGCGAUGGGUCUCAGGGUGAACGGUAAGCGCCAGUCCAUGCCCCGCAAUCCCGGCCGCCUCUCCCUCAGCCGCGAGAAUGCCGGUGGCAAAAGCAGCAACGAGGAGACUCUAAUUACCACUGAGGUCAUUGCCGCCACCCCCACGUCCCCCAUGAAGCCGAGGAGCCCCCGAUCCCCUAUCAAGGACUCCGUUGUUCAGCCACAGAAACAGGACGCUCAGGAUGGCUCGGCCCCGCCCGUUCCCGCCAAGGGCCCCGUGCUUAUGUUCAUCCCGAAAUUCAGGGGGGCAGAAGAGAUGGCGGCGCGGAGGCGACAGCGGAUGGCGGCGCGAGCGAACGGACCGGGCAUGGUUCGGGCACCCAUGGUCGCCAUGCCCAUCAACCCGGAGUUCUCGUCCUCGUCUUCUUCUGAGCCGGAAGCGGAGUCGGAGGACGAAGUUGCGGCGGACGAAGACGAGGAGGAGUUUGACAUGGUCGCGGACGCGGACGAUGCGGUAGAGGUGGACGAGUUCGAUCCCGAGUUCGCCGCAAGUCGUGCAGCUGUGAACUCGGACAGUGCCUCGGAGACUGGAUCCAUCCUCUCAGGCGCAUCCGUCGUACCCCCGAGUACAAGUGCACGCGCCUCCCGUCUCAGCCCCGUCCGCGAAGGCGGCGAGCGGCCGUCAGUCUCACCGGAGCACGAUGACGGGAAGCUGGACGCCAUGUUCGAGAUGGUCACCCCGGCACCAAGCACCGCUGCCAACAUAGACACAGACCCCGCUCCUGCCCCCUCCGCCACGGCUAACACACCUGCCGGAAUGUUUGAACGACGCCCUGUCCCGCCAGCCCGCGCGGGUGUUUCUGCCCUCACCGCCAUGCUCGCAUCCACUUCCAGCUCGUCUUCCUCCAACCCGUUCACGGAGCUGUACAGCGCAAUAUCUGGACGGCCAGAGACGACACUCAGUGUCAAGAAGGACGCCACGGUGGAAGAGGUGCUUGGUAACGCGCUCUGGACGUAUUGGGAAGAGAGCUGGUUGCCCCAGAUCGACGAGGGGUUGAGUGGAGAGGAGACCCCAAAAGAGGAUGGUGAAGUCGACGAAGAUUGGCCUCAUCUCGAACUUCAACUUGAGGCAUACGCCGUCGUCGAAGCCACUCCAUCACAAAGCGAAAUACAGCGACGUAUCUCGCGCGUGGUUGUCAAGAAGAAGUCGACAGGUUUGCUCACCCAGGCCGCUCCAUCCACAAACCUCGUUCCACCGGCAGACCUGUUGGGCAUCUCAAGCAGCGCGUUCGGCUCCAUGGGCUCAUCAGUGGGGCUGUCGAGCUCGUUGGGUCCUUCUUCGAGCUCGGGUCCUCCGCUCUUCCUCCGCCACGUCUCUACCACGAUCCAAGCCUCUGGCGGCAUGUACAUGCAAGAGGUGUUAGAAUUAGUCUGUCAGAACCAGAAACGCGGCUUCACCGAUCCGAAGGAGUACGCGCUCGUGAUCGAGACCAAAGAGGCCAAAGUGAACAUCCCACUCGACCGAACGGUCAGGAGUCUUCAAGGGAGACGCGACCUCAUCCUUAUGAAGAAGAACCUGCUUCACGAGUACGGUGUGGAAAUGCGUGAGCGCAAGGCCACCAACGAUCCAAACGCGUCGAUCUUUACUACCGAUGUCUCCAUUCAAGAGCAGACUCUCAGCAGCAUGCUCGAUCUCAUGCAGGCCUACAGGAAAUACACCGUGUAUCGCAAGUUGCCGAUGAUGGUAACGCGUAGUGCCCGUGUACUCACGAUCGACGGAGGAUACAUUCACGUUCGUAUCAUCCCAGGCGCCACGAAGGCGAAGCACGUCUUCGACAGCGGCAAGACAUCAUCUUAUCACCUCAAGAGCGUCGUUGCGUGCCAACAGUCGAGCAAAAAUGCUGCGACUUUCAAGCUCGUCGUGCACAGCGGCGCAGAGCGCAACAAGCGUUACGAGUUCGAGGCGGAGAACCCGAAGAUUGCCAACGAGAUUGUUUCCACAAUUCGUGCAUUGAAGGCCGCUAUGGAGAAGCCCGGAGGCGGAAAAGCGUCGAGGAGAAAUACUCGUAUAGGACCCUCUUCGCGCCCGCCAGGUGUAUGA